GAAAAAACAAAUUCUAUAAAUACUCUACUAGUUUCAGCAAUUCUUCUCAUAAUUCUUCUUAUCAUUCUUCUAAAUCUUCUCACGUCCCCUGCUCAUCUCAAUUUGCAUAGCUGAACGGAAUCCGGCACCGCUACGUCGACUCGUAAAGGUUUGUGUUGAAUUGUUAAUUUAGCAUGGAUUCUUCUCAAAAUCAAACUUCUAGCUCUAGUCAAGGCGUGUCAUCCACACAAACUAGUAAUGAAGAAGAUAAUACGCCAUUGUGAAGAUAUGUAACAAAAAUUGAAAAAACAGGGGAAGGAGGGGGAAAUUGGAAGUGGAUAUGCAAUUUUUGUGGUCAACAAAAGCAAGGGACUUAUACUAAAAUAAAAGGUCAUUUAUUAAAAAUUAGUGGAAAAGGAAUUGGUACCUGUAAAAAAGUGAAAAUUGAUGAUCUUUCUGAAAUGAGAAAAGCAGAUGAAGAAGCCGCAACAAGAAGUUUAAAUUCUCAACCUAAACAAGUUCCUUUACCGGUUAUUAGUACAAUAACGAGUCCAUCUCCCAUAAACCAAUCUAGUAGUUUAGAAGCUUCAAAAAGAAGAAGAAUUCAGGAAUCUGACCUUGUUAAAGCUUUUGACAUGCAACAUAGAGAUCAAUUAGAUGCUAAAAUAGCAAGAAUGUUUUAUACUGGGGGUUUACCUUUCAAUUUUGCUAGAAAUCCUUAUUAUGUUAGCUCUUUUGCAUUUGCUGCUAAUCAUUCAUUAGGAGGAUAUGUGCCACCUGGAUAUAAUAAAUUGAGGACUACUUUAUUGCUACAAGAGAAAACACACGUGGAAAGGUUAUUGGAACCUAUUAAAAGCACAUGGGGAGAAAAAGGUGUUAGUAUUGUGAGUGAUGGAUGGAGUGAUCCACAAAGAAGGCCUUUAAUUAAUGUGAUGGUGGUUAGUGACUCUGGUCCUAUGUUUAUUAAAGUUGUGGAUUGCUCUGGUGAAGUGAAGGAUAAACAUUUUAUUGCUGAUUUGCUUAAGGAAGUUAUUGAUGAGAUUGGCCAUCAAUCUGUGGUUCAAAUUAUUACUGACAAUGCAAGAAAUUGUAAAGCUGCUGGAGAAAUCAUUGAAGGUAUGUAUCCACAUAUUUACUGGACUCCAUGUGUAGUACAUACUCUCAAUCUUGCUUUGAAAAAUAUAUGUGCAGCCAAGAAUGUUGAAAAUAAUAUAGAAGUCUAUGAUGAAUGUCAUUGGAUAACUAUAAUUCAUGGAGAUGCUUUACAAAUCAAGAACUUUAUCAUGACUCAUUCGAUGAGACUAGCUAUAUUCAAUCGAUUUAGUUCUUUGAAGUUGCUUUCAGUUGCUGAUACCCGAUUUGCUUCUAUUGUUGUGAUGCUUAAAAGAAUUAAACUUAUAAGACGUGCUCUUGAAUUAAUGGUUUUGAGUGAGCAAUGGAUGCUAUAUCGGGCUGAUGAUCAAGGUAAAGCGAGAUUUGUUCGAGAUCUAAUUUUAGAUGAAAAUUGGUGGGCGAAGCUUAAUUAUAUUAUUUUUUUACUGGACCAAUUUAUGAGAUAAUUCGAGUAUGUGACACCAAUAAACCAUGUCUUCAUUUGGUUUAUGAAAUGUGGGAUUUGAUGAUCCAAAAGGUGAAAAUGUUGAUUCAUGAGCAUGAAAAUAUUCAAUCGACAGAUUUUUCAUCUUUCUACUUUGUCGUUCAUAGAAUUCUUGUUGAUCGUUGGGCAAAGAGUAGCACUCCUCUUCAUUGUUUAGCUCAUUCUUUAAAUCCAAAAUUAGUUUUCUAAUUCUUUUACUUUAUUUUAAUUUUGAUUAUUAUUUUAAUUCUUUACUAAUGUUGAUUUU